AUGCGGACCAACGGUGGCAAGAUUUCCAAGCCCUCGUGGCCGAAAGUAGUGGCGAGGAAAUGGCUCAACAUACCGAGUGGCGGGGACGAGUUUCAUUCCGAUUACUCGCUCAAAAUGUCAGACGAGACUGGCAGAAGGAGGAGCUGUUCGGACCAAGACCGCUACGUCGUCGUACCGGACGACUUUUCAGAUGGUUGUACAUUGAUGGAGGAAACAACAAGUUUAGGGGUGGAGGUACCAGCUGUCACUGAUAAUCUCAACCUCAGAAUGUUCGUGGGGACUUGGAAUGUUGGAGGGAAAUCACCUCACGAGGACUUGAACUUGAGAGAAUGGCUGGGGUCCCCAACUCCGGCAGAUAUCUAUGUUCUUGGGUUCCAGGAAAUUGUCCCUCUGAACGCCGGAAACGUAUUGGGCGCGGAGGACAAGAGUCCAGCUGCCAAGUGGCUUUCCCUGAUUCGCGAGGCAUUGAACAAGAAUGACCCUGGACUUUCUCAAUAUUACAACAAUGCCACCCAUACGGAACAUCCUUCACAUUUUGACCGGCAGGCCAUCAUGAAGCCUAGGAUCAGCUUCUCCGACUUGCUCUGUUUAGAAGAUGAACUGAGCAAUGCGGAUUUCGAAAGACUGCUGAAUUUGAAUCCGGCGUCCACUUCAAGUGGAGAAAACUCACCGAGCUCGCCAUUGAUGUGUUCAUGGCCAGGCAGCAGUCCGAUGCAACAACGUCGUUACUGCCUAGCAGCAAGCAAGCAGAUGGUUGGAAUUUUCUUGUGCGUGUGGGUUCGUGCAGACCUUUGUAGGCACAUUAGCAACAUGAAGGUCUCGUGCGUUGGUAGAGGCAUAAUGGGAUAUCUUGGAAAUAAGGGUUCAAUAUCAAUCAGCAUGACAUUGCAUGGAACAACCUUUUGCUUUGUGUGUGCCCACUUAACCUCUGGUGAGAAAGAAGGGGAUGAGAUGAGAAGGAACUCAGAUGUCAUGGAAAUAUUGAAGAAAACAAGGUUUUCACAUUCAUAUAGAACCUCACAACAACCACUUCCUCCUGAUAGAAUUUUGGAUCAUGACAAGGUUAUUUGGCUAGGGGAUUUAAAUUAUCGGCUAGCAGCUGCUUGCUCCGGUAACACACAUGAGCUACUGAAGAAGCAUGAUUGGCAGGCACUUCUAGAGAGGGAUCAGCUAAGGAUAGAGCAACAAGCUGGUCGAGUAUUUAAAGGGUGGGAGGAAGGGAGGAUAUGUUUUGCUCCAACCUAUAAAUACCUUGCUAAUUCUGAUCAUUAUGUUGUCCAAACUUCUAAAUCUAGAGAGAAGAGACGCACUCCUGCCUGGUGUGAUAGGAUUUUAUGGAAGGGGGAAGGGCUUAAACAAAUGUGUUAUGUGAGAGGGGAGUCAAAGUUUUCAGACCACAGACCAGUCUAUUCAUUGUUUUCAGUCCAAUUAGACUUGGCUAACAAGAAAAAGCCCAACUCUGCUGUGACCACAACAGCAGCUUCCACAGCCAAAGCCAAGUCUUGCAUGCUUAAGUCUUCAGCAACAUGCGUGGCCAAAGUCCAAGCAGAAGAGCUUCUGCUGCUCACCAGAGCCAAAAGCUGCCUAGACACCACCUCAAGUUUCUGA